AUGUUUAAAAAUAUUUUCGAAAAGAAUCUGCUUUACUUUGCAAUUGGAAAGUUUAUGUCAGGCAUGGACAAUUGUGAAAUGGGGCCUGAUUUCCUUUCGUACUCCGCGUUAAAAGAGCUUAAAGUUGCUUGUAUUCACUACUUCAAUAAAUAUAUUAUUAAGGCAUUCUCUCACAGCCCUAGAAGUUUGAGUCGACUUAACGAAGAUCUGCUUUUUUAUGAAACCUCAGAUACUUCACAAAUACCCAUCUUCUCAUUGUAUUUUCUGCAUGUUGCAUUCUCUCUCUGUCUUAUUCAACUAAGUUAUAUACCAAAUUAUUGCGCAUAUGGUUUACUUCAACAAUUUGCAUGCCCUUUAACUUAUAAAUUAUUAUUUGAUUAA